AUGGAUCCUAAUGGCUCCUAUCCUAACAAAGUCAGAUCUAGUGAAAGUGAGGCCAACAUUUCUCCCUUGCAUGAUGCACCGAGAGGCAGAGCGAUCAUGCCGAUGUUGAGUGAUUUUGUUCCCCUGAAUUCCACACCAUCAGAUUCAACUUGGAUAUGGAACACCCCACCUACCAUUGAUGCACCACAUGUAGUUACCAUGCCAUCAAUCAAAGAUUGUUCCAUCGUGCCAUACCAAACCAGUGCAUCACUAUCCUCACUACCUCCACAGUUGCCUGAUGCAAAGUUUACUCCUACAACUAGGGUAAAUACCCUUACUUCUCAGCCCAACCAUAGGGAAAUCUUUGAGAACCCGCCAGAAAUAUUCUCGCACCAAGAUUUCCUGUCAAACCCUAUUAGUAACUACUUUAGUUCAUCGGAUCAAAGUAGGAUCUUUUCGAUGGAGUCUCCAUCAAUUACAUCCUUACUCCAAGGAGAUCCCAUUGCAGUUGUCAAUGCCCACCUUAAUACUAUUGGAGCAAUAGAUGAUGGUCCAAUCUUUGAGAUCCCAACCAGGAGUGUCUACAAGGGUCCACAAAAUAUACCACAUGGGACGCUAACCCGUGAUGCUACUUAUGUUGUGCCUACCCCUCUUGCUCCAUUCGCCACAUCCUCACAUGGCCCUAGAGAAUACAAGACUCCUAUGGGUGUACCAAAUGGCAUUACUAAUAGUGGUAUUGUGCAUAAUACUAUGAGUUCACGUAAGUACAGAUGCAGCAUUUGCAAUCUCACCUUCAACUCAUCUCAAGCCUUUGGUGGUCACAUGAGUUCCCAUAGCAAAGCAAGGAAGAACAAGCUACAAAGUUGA